AUGAACCCUACCGCGUCCCGAGCCGCGGUGCGCUCGAUGGUCAGCAUGACACAUGCGGCCAGAGCUGCCAACCCCGCAGCCCGCAGUGUUUUGUCGGUUGCAACUCGCUCGCCGUUUGCUAGCCGGGCCUUGAGCUCCAAUAGCCGUCUCGGUGGACAAUUCCCCCGCCUUCAGCUUCUCAACACCAACAAGCGAUCCUUCAGCACGACCCUCAACAUGUCUACUGCUCCCCGCACUGAAAGCGAUGCCUUUGGCGAGAUCCAGGUUCCCGGCGACAAGUACUGGGGUGCCCAGACUCAGCGCUCGCUCGGCAACUUUGACAUCAACCAGCCUCAGGAUCGUAUGCCUCCUCCCGUGGUCAAGGCCUUUGGUAUCCUGAAGGGCGCCGCUGCCACCGUCAACAUGAAGUAUGGCCUGGACCCCAAGAUCGGCGAGGCCAUCAAGCAGGCCGCCGCCGAGGUCGCCGAGGGCAAGCUGCUGGAUCACUUCCCUCUGGUUGUCUGGCAGACCGGCUCUGGUACUCAGUCCAACAUGAACUCCAACGAGGUGAUCUCCAACCGCGCUAUUGAGAUUUUGGGUGGCACCAUGGGCAGCAAGAAGCCCGUCCACCCCAACGACCACGUUAACAUGUCCGCCUCCUCCAACGACUCUUUCCCCACUGUCAUGCACAUCGCGGCCGUUCUCGAGCUCGAGAACACCCUUCUGCCGUCUCUCAAGAAGCUCCGCGACGCUCUGCAGGUCAAGGUUAACAAGUGGGAGAAGCUGAUCAAGAUCGGCCGUACCCACUUGCAGGAUGCUACUCCCCUCACUCUGGGUCAGGAGUUCUCCGGCUACGUUGCUCAGCUGGACCGUAACAUCGAGCGCGUUCAGGCUUCUCUCCCUCACCUCCGCUACCUCGCUCAGGGUGGUACUGCUGUGGGUACCGGUCUGAACACCUUCAAGGGCUUCGAUGAGGCCGUCGCUGCCGAGAUCAGCAAGAUGACCGGCACCGAGUUCAAGACUGCGCCCAAUAAGUUCGAGGUUCUGGCUGCCCACGACUCCAUCGUCGAGGCCUCCGGUUCCCUCAACACCCUGGCCGGCUCCCUGUUCAAGAUUGCGCAGGAUGUGCGCUACCUCGGAUCCGGUCCUCGCUGCGGUCUCGGCGAGCUGAUCCUGCCCGAGAACGAGCCCGGCUCUUCCAUCAUGCCCGGCAAGGUCAACCCCACCCAGUGCGAGUCCCUGACCAUGGUCUGCGCUCAGGUGAUGGGUAACCACGUGGCUGCCACCAUCGGUGGCAUGAACGGUCAGUUUGAGCUGAACGUGUUCAAGCCCGUCAUGAUCCGCAACCUGCUCCACAGCGUGCGCAUCCUGUCCGACGGCAUGGACAGUUUCCGUGUGCACCUGGUCGAGGGUCUUGAGGCCAACGAGGAGCGCAUCAACUCUCUCCUGCACGAGAGUCUGAUGUUGGUGACUUGUCUCAACCCCGUCAUCGGUUACGACAUGGCCUCCAAGGUUGCCAAGAACGCCCACAAGAAGGGAAUCACCCUCAAGGAGAGUGCCAUGGAGCUGAAGGCUCUGAGCUCCGAGGAGUUUGAUCAGCACGUGCGUCCCGAGCUGAUGCUGGCGCCCAAGGAGAAGAAAUAG